AUGCUGCUGAUUUUCGGAUCUGUCAUAUGGCUUUGCUUUCAUCUGAUCUCUCCAUCUUUCGCUGCUCUAGACGUCUUUCAGGUCUAUCAGCCCGUUUCGGUCCCGGGUAGUGAGCCUUCAUCUUGCAAUGGGGAUAUUCUACUAUUGGAUCAUGUAUUUGGUUACAGCUAUGGCCACCCGUAUGUGGGGUAUUAUGAGCCGCCCAAUUGCGAGUUCGAUACUGUUCGAAUGAACCUUACAGUUACCUCGAAAGGUCGACAGUAUGACCGACUAGCAACUAUGUUUCUUGGAGAUACAGAGGUAUUCCGAACAUCGACAGCAGAGCCUACAGCAGAUGGAAUAAUCUGGACUUACAUCAAAGAUAUGUCGCAAUACAAUGCUCUCUGGAAGAAGCACCAAAAGCUCAUUUUUGACCUUGGAAACCUGAUUACCGAGAUUUACACUGGUUCAUUCAAUGUGACUCUGACUGCCCAUUUCUCAUAUGAGAACAAUGUUAAAACUCCGGACAUCAUUCUUCCAAUAUCUGCCCAAAAGUCCACUAGCAAUUCUUCGAGUGUCUUUAAUGUGCCUUCGGACAAUGCGACAGUACUUCAAAAAGUUGACCCCGAAACCUCUCGUGCCGUGGUGUCUAUAUCUGCAUGUGGGCAGUCAACGGAGGAAUUCUGGUGGUCCAAUGUUUUCUCAUCCGACAUGUAUGCAUUCGAUAGCACUAUUGGUGAACUCUAUGGUCACUCUCCCUUUAGGGAGGUCCAGCUAUACAUUGACGGGAUUCUCGCUGGUGUCGUCUGGCCAUUUCCAAUCAUAUUUACUGGCGGUGUUGCGCCAGGGUUCUGGCGUCCGAUUGUUGGAAUUGACGCAUUCGAUCUGAGAGAGCCAGAGAUUGACAUCUCUCCCUUCUUACCGUUGCUCACCGAUGGCGAGUACCACUCGUUCGAGCUCAAAGUCAUCGGAUUAGAUGUUUCGGAAGAUGGUGUUGCUAUGCUUUCUGACACCGUCGGGUCAUACUGGAUUAUUACGGGCAACAUUUACCUCUACCUUGAUAAUACCAAGGAGAACACAUCACGCUCGGACAAUCGAAAACCCCAGGUGGUAGCGCCAGAACCUACGUUUACCACCACGAGGCACCUUGUUCAAAACCAAACCGGUGCAAACGAAACUCUGGCAUACUCUGUUACAGCAGAAAGAAUACUUACAAUAAGAUCGUCUGAAUUUUCUUGGAGUCAGAACCUUUCAUACUCCAAUUUUGGCCUUUUUAACCAACUCGGCCUAAGCCAAAGAAAUGACCAACAUACAUCCGGAAGGGCAUUGAUCAGCCAACUUGAGGGAGGCGGUAGUUCGGAAGAAUUGAGCUUUGAGUACCCUUUAUUCGUGAAUCAGACUUAUGCGAAUCUAGAUACUGAACUUACAAUUGAUGCUUGGAUGCGGACAGGGCUUGAAAUCGACUCAACUGGAAUGCCUGGUGUUUCCACAUAUAGCCUUACGCAUGGGCCGUUACGUUUGCACACUGAACAGUGGGGUCAAGCGCAUUAUCGUGCUGGCACAGGCAAUAAGAACUCGACUUCUUUUGGCGACACUUCUGAUGUUUUUGAGAGCAAUGCUGGUGGCAAGGCAUAUUGGAGAGCGGUACGGGCUGUAAAUGGGAGCGUAGUGUCUGAUACAGAGGAUUUCCAAUAAUGCACUCACUGUGAGGAACAACCCAAUAAUAGUG